UUAGCUCAGGUCCCUCCUCUUACUCUGAAUGGAGCAAUAAUUUUUCUUCCUCCCACCCACCCACCCACCCACCCACCAGACACUUUCCUGUAAGGAGAGGAGACAGGCUGUGUGCUAUUGCUGCUGCCUUUACUGUGCUGACAUGAACAUGAAAGUGCUAGUUGUCGUUUUGGUGCUAGCUCUGGCUACAGUUUUUGCUCUAGUCUGUGUUUUGCUGACAAAGAAGGGAAAAAAAGUCACCGGUUGUGUCUACUCUGAACUACCAAUUUCAUCUGAGAGGCCCAACAGAGAACAAAAUGAGGUCUUUGCUGAUCUGACAGCUGAUGAAAUGACUCAGGUGGUGAAGUAUCUCAAGAAGAGUCUCGGGAUGUACCUGGAAGAUGCAUUUCAUGCAAAACCAUCAGAUAAUUGCAUUUACUAUAUGGAUGUGUACUUCCCAUCUAAAGCAAAAGUUCUGGGCUUCCUUGAUCGUGGAAGGGAAGAGCUACCCCGGCAGGCAUUGGCUGUAGUAUACUUUGGAAGGCAGUCAGAUCCAAACAUUACAGAAUUUGUAGUAGGUCCACUUCCAAAUCCAAUGUACCACCGAGACAUUACAAUGCGGAAAUUUGGCAAGAAGGUUCCAUAUUACAGCAGACCUGUGACUGAGAGGGAAUAUAAAGAUAUUGACUUGUUCAUUUUCCAUAAACUCUUCAACACCUCCAACUUCCUCAAAAUAUGCUGCAAUUAUGAGAGGUCUGAUUUAGCUACUCUAACCACAGCUCCAAGAGGAUUCGAGUCUGGAGAAAGAGCCACCUGGUUUGUCCUUUUCCAGAAUGUGAUUGGCAGUGGAUAUUACAUACAUCCUAUUGGCUUGGAGAUGCUGGUGGAUCACAGCAGUCUGAACAUCUCUGAAUGGAAGCUGAGGAAAGUAUUCUAUAAUGGACAGUAUUACCAGGAUAUGGCCCAUCUAGAAAAAGAGUUCAAGAAUGGACACGUGAAGGAGGCAAGAAUAAAGAGUAGUCAGCUGCAGAUGGAAUUUGCUUCCAGGAAGCGAUCUGAACCAGUAGCUUCUCCAGGUCCAUUUCAAUUUGAGAGCCAAGGAAAGCGCUACACUGUAACUGGCAGCCAUGUUACCUAUCAGCAGUGGAAAUUCACCUUUGGGAUGAAUGUGAACACAGGGCCACGUCUUUUCAAUAUCAGAUUUAAUGAUAAGAGGAUUGUCUAUGAGUUGAGUCUGCAAGAAGCUCUUGCCACUUAUGGUUCCAAUUGUCCUGGAGGAAUGGUGACUAGAUAUAUGGAUGGUAGCCUUGGCAUUGGAAAGUUUUCUUAUGAACUAGUCCGGGGUGUGGACUGCCCGUACAUGGCCACCUACGUGAAUCGGCAUUACCUAAUAGACUCUGACACUCCCAAACUAAACAAGAACUCCUUCUGCAUCUUUGAACAUGACAUGGGUGUCCCUCUGCGCCGCCAUUUUUCUAAUUUUGGCUCUUUUUACUAUGAGGGUUUACCCAAAUAUGCUUUGGUCUUAAGGACUGUUUCUACCCUCAUUAACUAUGACUAUGUCUGGGAUUUUGUAUUCUUUCAAAAUGGUGCCAUAGAAGUUAAGGUCCAUGCUACAGGAUACAUCAGCUCUUCAUUUUUUAUGAAAGGUGGUACUAAGUAUGGAAACAAGGUUGGGGAGUACACACUUGGAACCAUGCACAACCAUCUGAUAAACUACAAAGUUGACUUGGAUGUAGAAGGAGUCAAGAACUCUUUGGUGGAUCUUGACAUGGCAUAUGAAUCUGUGCAGGCCCCUUGGCACACAGAGCAUACAAUCCAGCGACCAAUCCUCACCCAGCAAGUCCUGGACACAGAAGAAAAAGCUGCUUUCCCACUUGAUGGCAAAAUCCCACGGUACCUACUUUUCAGUUCUAACAAUGAAAACCAGUGGGGCCACAAACAGAGCUAUCGCAUCCAGAUCAUCAGCUUUGCAGGCAAGCAUUUACCACAAAGUAGCCCGAUGGAGAAGGCCAUCAGCUGGGGCAGGUACAAGCUGUCUGUCACUAAGCAGAAAGAGGAAGAAUUGACAAGCACCUGCAUCUAUAACCAGAAUGAUCCAUGGGAUCCCCUGGUGACCUUUGCAAACUUCAUAGACAAUGAGACCAUAGUCAAUGAGGAUCUUGUGGCCUGGAUCUCAGUUGGAUUUUUACAUGUGCCACACGCUGAGGACAUCCCCACUACUGUAACAGUUGGCAAUGGAGUAGGUUUUUUACUUCGGCCUUAUAAUUAUUUUGAUGUUGAUCCUUCUAGCAGCUCCCCUGACAGCGUCUACUUCAGAGAUGAUGAAGAUGCAGGCAAAUGUGAUAUCAACCAAAUUGCUUGCUUGCAACAAACAGUCACAUGUUUUCCCAGCCUACCUCCUUUCACUUACAAUGGCUUUGAGAACUUAACAAACCUAUAAGAAGAAGAAUCCACAUUUAUACUCUGGCUUAACUUUUUUUAAAAAUGUGAAGGCUAAAGAAUGAGUGGCUUGAGCAUGCCUAUUUCCACAUUUCUAUUCUGUCUAUUCUAUUCCUUACUUUUGGUCACCUUUCACUGUUUUCGAUUGUAGGCUGGGAUUUUUUUUAGACUAACUCAAUGGAAAAUUUCUGCUUUUAGCUGACAAUCAGAUGUUUCACCUAGGCUUUUUUAUACAUUGUGGUUUGAAUGUCAUUACCUGAUAUUCUAAAUGUUCUAGCAUGUAUAGGUUUUCACUUUAUGGAAAUUAGUGGGGAUCAGAGGUGAGUUGCUACCAGUUCGGUCCAGAUCCUGCGAACCAAUAGUAAUGGUAGCAGGAGGCUCCGCCCACCCAUCCGGAUGUCAUACGCACGCUCUGCACAUGUGCGGAAGCACUGCAUGCAAGCAAGCGAACUGGUAGCGAAGAUAAGUGGAACUCACCCCUGGUGGGGAUCUAAAUUGAGGCAGGAUAUCAUUUGUCUUGCAUAUUAGAGAAAGAAUCCAGCAAGGACUUGCUCAGUUAAAUGAUAAUUAGAAUGCGCUAAAUGCUUUCAAAUGGUCAUAGCAAUAUACUGAUUUUUAAAAUCUCCAAAUACAGAAAGAUGAUUCAUUUAUUAUACUGUAAUUCCAGGCCAAAGCCUUUAUCCCUGUGAUGCAUGUGGUAACUAUUUUCAUCCACUUGGAGAAGAAAUUCUUUAAAUUGGGCAAGGGCUUACUAUACCAAAAGAUAGCUCAUUCUCCUUCCAGCUCUAACCCCAGCAAUCUUUUUCAAUAUAACACGAAAUGUAAAUUCCACUGUUUGCUUCAUAUGAUAAUGUUAAUCCCUGUGAGAAUCCCAAUCAUGAUUUGUGUUCUUAUCAACACUGAAAUGCUGAAAUAAAUGAACGGAUUGGAGGGACCAUUCUCAAGUAGGAAUGCACUGCACAUUCAAAAGCCCUCUGGUUUCGCACAGGAAUUCCUGACAAAUCAUAUGAUAGUGGCCAGGACACCAGCUGCAGAAUCAGUUGACUACAGUUGCUUUCAGAUGGGCCCAAGAAACUUAUCACUACUGAAGAUUGCUCUUCCGCAGUGGAAUUGUAAUUGGCUUCCCAUGCUAUUGGAGACAUUGCAUUUUUCCUAGGUUUCCUGUUCUGUUCAGUACAAUGAAAGGAAAUUAAAUGAAAGGAAGUAAUUAGGAGAGGGAAAAAAUCCAAUAAUUUAAAAAAAUUAUUUAAUAAAAAUUUAAAUAGGAAAAUUAGUAUGUAUCUCCCUCCCCUCCACAGACACAACAUUGAUCACAACAUCAGCUCACUUUUUUGUAUUACUGAUAAUGAUAGAAAAGCUGUUGAAAUGAGAACUAGCUGUUUGAUACACUUCUGGUGAAUUUAACCUUUUAUAUAAAGUAUAAGUACACUUUUUUCCCUUUGUUGCUGGCAGUCCUUAUGAUUUAUAUUGAUAUAUUGACCAUCAAUUGUAUUGUAAAUGUUGUACCUUGAUGAACGUAUCUUUUCUUUUAUGUACACUGAGAGCAUAUGCACCAAGAUAAAUUCCUUGUGUGUCCAAUCACACUUGGCCAAUAAAAAUUCUAUUCAAUAAAAAUUCCAUUUUCCAUCCCAGGC